GGCCUGCGUGGCAAUCGUCGACAUCAGGAGAGGACCUGCCCCGCCGUUUGCCUGCGUGGACACCUGAUGACUGACUUGCCUACGGCUUUCGCAAGGAGGGGUAUCCUGAUUCGUCUCCUCUUUUAUUCGGUCGGUGCCUCUCGCACGCGUUGUUUCGGAGAAGGAAAUGCAAAGAGCGACCAAACACAAACACGGGCGGGGGCGAGAGUGAUAGUGAGAGUGAGCACAGCGAAUCGGGGUAGGUGAGAGAAAGGGAUAGUGACAGGUUCUACUGAGGGGAACAGGGUUUGUUAAUCCGCCGAAGCGUUGCGGGCGAGACGCGGACGGGCAGCAAACAAGGCAAUACGCUGUGAAAGUCAAAGCACGUUCAUUCUGUGGGGAAUUGGAAACAGUGACCGACUGGGUAAUCCUGUUGGGGGAGGAAGGCGAGGAAAGGAAACUUGUCCUGCCGGGGGGCAAAAGAGAGGAACGGAGAGAAGGAUAGCGUGCUGGAGAGAAGGACAGCGUGGUGGAGAGAAGGAGAGCGCUAGAGAGGAGAGAGGUGGUCGUUUAGUUCGAAGGGUUCUUACUUUAUUAGUCGUAGGCGGGAAAGGGCUGCUGGAGGAUGAGGAAAGAGAAUUAAUGGGUUUUUGUUUAUGUUCGGCAGCUCGUGGAUUUUUACUAUGCCAUUAUUAGAGAAGAAGCCAUAGCCAGGGCCCCAGUCAGCAGCCCUCGGCUUAACAGCAGGACGGCGCUUCUCAAGCUAUCUCGCACACGGGAUAAUAAAGACGGGGACGAGGGGGGGGAGGGAGUGUGUGUGUGUGUGUGUGUGUGAGAGAGAGAGAGAGAGAGAGAGAGAGUCUGAGAGAGAGAGAGAGAGAGAGAGAGAGAGAGAGAGAGAGAGAAUAGAGGAGCAGACGGGUAGUAAGAGCUAGUAGGCAAAGGAGAAGGCAAGUCUGAGUGGGGUUCUCAAGGGUGGCUGACAUAUUGGGACCUCGAAUUGGCAGACGGAUAGUAAGGCUAGUCUGGACAGUUUAAUGCUCAGAUAUGGCAGCCGGGGCAGAGUUUUCUCAGGGGGCGGGUGUUGUAGAUGUCGUAACGGUGAAGAUAAAAGAUAAGGAGCUGGCUAACGGCGUGCCUGAAAAGGACAGAGAGGAGAAUGGAGGCAGCAAGAAGGAGCAGCAGCAGCAGCAGCAGGCGGAUCAGGCGCCGUCGCAGCAACAGCGUCCCCAGGACGAGCAGGAUCAGAAAGAUGUCUACUCUAACGGAACGUCGGUGAGUAACGGAUUGAUCGUUAACGGGACGGCUAACGGCACGAAGAACAGUGAUGAUGUCUCUCUCGAUUCUCCCAAUGGUCGAACUGCAAGCAAGCCUCCACGUCCCGGCGGCGGGCUGGGACGUCGUUGUCAAAGCUCUGCCAUGCUCAUGACAGCUGCUAUGGACUCUCCGCACGCGGUAUCGUCAGUUUCAUUGGACAGGCUCCAGCUGAAAGAGCCCGCUGUCAGCCGAUGGUCGGGAUUUAAACCUGUGAUCAGAUCAGGUGGAUAUGCUGACAUCGGGGGGCGAAUGUUCAUGGAGGAUGCUCAUGUCCGCAUAGAUGACAUCUCCGAACACGUGAGGAGUUUCGAAUUCAACGAAUGGCCCAGAGCUUUCUUCGGGGUCUUCGAUGGACAUGGCGGACAAUGCGCGGCCGAAUUUGUGAGCAAUCGCCUGCUGCGGUAUAUAGUGGAAGACGCCGACUUCCCGAGGGAUGUGGAGUCUGCCGUUCGACAGGCAUUUCAUAGGACAGAUCUGGAGUUUGACUUGGAGUGUGGAGCUGGCAGGGCACAUCCCUCGGGUACUACUGCUCUGACUGCGCUUGUGUAUGGAAGGACCUUGUUCGUAGCUAAUGUUGGAGACUGCAGGGCUGUUCUCUGCAAGAGGGGCAGGGCAGUGGAGCUAUCCCGCGAUCACAAGCCUUGUUGCGCUUUUGAGCGUGCUCGUAUUGAGGCCUUGGGAGGGUAUGUUGAGGAUGGGUACCUGAAUGGGCUUUUGGCCGUAGCGAGGGCAGUGGGCGACUGGCAUUUGGCAGGCUUGAAAGUGCAAGGUUGCGGGCCUUUGAUAGCCGAACCUGAAUUUCGGGAAGAGCAAUUGACUUCGGAAGACGAAUUCAUGAUCCUAGGAUGUGAUGGCCUGUGGGAUGUUUUCAGCAGCCAGAACGCCGUAGAAUUCGCCCGUCGCAACUUGCAGAAGCAUAACGACCCGGAGCGGUGCUCACAGGAUCUUGUUCAGGAGGCCAUCAAACGAUCGACCUGUGACAAUGUGAGCGUCCUCACUGUGUGCUUUACUCCGGAGCCUCCCCCCCAGCUGUCAUGGAAGUCGUCAGGAGUGAGGCGGAGCUUCUCUGUUGACAGUCUCCGUACUCUGCAGGAGAGUCUUGAUGCUUGCUAAGCUGAUAUCUGAGGGGCCCCUUUGAAGUCAGUGGUUCAACUGAUGAUAACUGCCUGAAGGUUUGUUGCCGGUGGUGGAUGGAUGUCUUCACCUGGAGUAUGGAAACACAAGGUAUUCGGCAAGGGGGUUCAGUGGGUCAGAGGGAGAGGAAGGACACGGGAGGGUAGGGGGAGAAAGUGGGUGAGGAACCACUGCACUACACACGGGCGCGCACACACACACACACACACACACACACACACACACACACACACACACAGAGGGAGAGAGCACCGCAGGAGAAGGAACAUGAUGAGAGAGAGAGAGCACCGCAUUAGCAGGAACAUGAUGGUCUGAGGUGAAGAAUCUUCAUAAUCAUGUCUUCAGUUGCGUCUGUGUUCUGAAGUGUAGAAAGUGUGUGAUGGAUGACGUUGAGAACUGGAUGGAGUAGUUGUAUAAUCAGGGAGCGACGUCUCCAGCAAUGGUUGGUCCGCGGUGGAAACUGGGCGAAGAUGGCUUCAUUACUAUGUAUAUGGCCAUGGGCUGGAGGGGGCUGGUAGUGAGAGCUGCUUUGCCGCACAGAGGAUGCUGUUCGACAUGCAGUCGGGGUUCCUACCAUUUGCGAAACAAGAGUUGGUAGCAUGAUCCAGGGUUUGCUUUUGUCUGCGGCCAGUCGGCUAUUGAUCGGGGGGUGAUAUGAAUAGACAUUGUCAGCUGCUGUAAUGGCCGUAGUUGGAAGCACCGAGUCUGUCGAUAUUGUUGGGUGUUUCCGAUGAAGGGUAUGGGAAAAAACGUGAAGGGAGGGGUCCGGUUAUUAACGAGGGUUACGGAGAGAGAAUGGGGUGGGGCCAGGUUGAUCGUGGCGGGGCCCGCCAGGUUUAUGUCACAAAUGGUUACCACGAUAGACGGUGUGCAGUCAGGUGGGCUUGUGUGAAGAAGAGUUCCUCGGCCUGUUGCUCAACACAUGCCUGGCUUAGUGACUUUGCAUCAACUGGCUCUAUAAUGGAUUUCGGGACCACAAAGAAUCGGUAGAGAGAGCUACCAAUUCGUCUCAAGUGACUCUGGGUGUUUGCAAGACCGGCACUGGUAUGUCAGAUUUUAUGCUAUGCUAUGCUAGCAAGCAAACACAGGGCAGAUUGAAAGAUACGAUAAUGCGAACGGUGGAAAGGGAUGCAAGGCAUGUAUGUCUUGUCUAUCCGAAUGUGCAACAUUAGGAAUGAAAUGCGGUCCUGCUCUAUUUGGCUCACACUCUACUUUCGUUCCUUCCCGGUUUCACGAGGUGAUCAAUUGGGUAUUUUCUGCUCCGCGGGCCCAAGCUUAUCGUCAUGCCGAGGUGUGCUCCUGAAGCUUGGUGCUGGACAGCGGCGGCUCCUUAUUACCUACAGGUAUGAUCUUUGUUAAGAAGGUGGAGGCAGUUGGUAGUAAUAUGGCAAGUACGGUGCAUGGUAUUGAAAUUAGCAUCGAAAAGACUAGAGAAAGAUGUAGAACAGGAAGUCCAACUGUAUCUAUCGGGGAAGUACAUCUGCAGUAUUGGUGUGCUGGAGAUGCAGAUGGUAAUAUGGGUUAAGUGUGCUAUGGUAUAACUCAUCUGCUGCAUUAUUGGUUCAGGCAAUGGUUACGAGUGCGGAUCUGAGAAUUGCUGGUCGUCAAUUGGGAGAUUGGAAGAGAUUCGAUCGGUGGGAUGCAUUGCGUGGGAAGUAAACAGUCGAUGAAUGGUUAUGGGUGCAGAUCUAAGAGUCGCCGGUCGUCGAUCAGAAGAUUGGAAAAGUCUAUGGGUGGGGGAUGCAUUGUCUGUUGAGUAAACAGGCGAUGGUUGUAGUCCUGUGGUAUAUGUGCAUUAUGGGAGGGGAUGAUGAAUGUUGUUCUAUAUGCCCAUGCAGCGACUGUUCUAUGCCCAUGCAGCGACAUCUGCAUCCUUGGUGGUUGCUGAGGAAUAGAAUUGCAAUUGGUGCCUGCUUUACACAGAGUGGGAGAAGGGCUGGGGGGUAGCAGAUGGGUGGGUGUGUAUCUCUGAGUAGAAGAAAAGAAAGUCUACUUGAAGUAGAUUCCAGGCUGUGAAGUCCAGCCAGGGUGCCCAUGCUUCGGUUUUGUCCCGUCCAACAGGUUUUACUUUGUCCCUUAGGUCUCUUCUAGGCGGCUUUAUCCUCCUCUUGAGGUAUUCUGUCUCUUCGUCUUUUUCCUACCUUGACAGGAUUUGUGUGUAUGUUCCCCUCGAUUCGGGAGCUUCUUUUAGUAGGCUGUUUGUGACGUAACUAUCAUUGCGAUGACGACGAUGCUGAAAGUGACGAUGAAGGUGAUGAUAACGACCGACUAUGAAGGAAAUGACGGUGAUCCUGGUGCGAGGUUGCCGUUGGCUUGUUAAUCCUCGCUCCCAUAAUGUUUAACUUGGACAUAAUCUUAAGAACCCUGUGUUACGAAAUCCCUCCUUCGCUCGCGUUGCUGCAGAGGUACACUGUUGUGUGUGCAGGUCAUGAGGGGUUCAAUUAGGAUAACAUUGUUUGAAACUGAACCGGGGGGUUGUUGUGUGACAGAUACUCGCUACCACAGCAGAAGAAAUUUGAAGGACAACAGGAUGCCAUGCCGUGUGGCAAGGAAAGAAAUGGGCUGUAUUUGCUAUCCAAUUCUCUUCUGCGUAAAGCGACAUGAUGACUUUUGUUAUCUCUUCGGGCACAUUCUGGAACGCGUUAUUCAUUUCAGUGGAUGGGGGAUAAAGCCCAUUGAUCGUCGUCGUCCAUGCCAAGCUGUGGCCAAGGAUGGAGUCGUGACGAGAAAUAGAUGUGGCGUUUUCUUGUGCUGAAUGUGGCCGUCUGCUUCAUCAGUAUAAGAGUGUGUUUCUGUGUUCUGUCUGUGUGUGUGUGUGUGUGUGUGUGAGAGAGAGAGAGAGAGAGAGAGAGAGAGAGAGAGAGAGAGAGAGAUUUUGAUUCGUCAAGACAUUAUUUGCUGACACUUCUAGACCUGAGCAGCGGGGGAGGGAGAGGUGAUGAAUGUGAAUGAUAUGACAUUGAAAACAGGCAUGUGGCAUGCGUGCUCAUGAAUGCGGAGAGAACACAUAAUUGUUUGUGAUGGAGGCUGAUGACUCUCAGUGGUUAUUUGGUGCCCAUGUUGACGGAGACGAGUUGGGUGUUCAUCACCCCCUCUCAAGCGCUCAGCCUGGCAAUGUUGUGCUGUCCUCCCCGCUCAUAAUGGCAUUUGCAGUUGCAUGUACGACUUGGAUGGAGAUACUGAGCUACAGGGAAAAGACAUGAAGUUCGGUUGUCGGUGGUGGGCUUUGGUGUAUCUCUGUCCGCCGAAUGCUGUUCAUUGAAUCUAGACUUACCUUUCGCUGGAUCGAAUGCUCUACUUGCAAGAGAUUUACAGGAAGGGUGGGGUGAGCAAUCUGUUUAUGUCUGGGGAGGGGGAGGGGGGAGGGAGAGUCUGAAAGAGGAGGUUAGUGUGGUACUCGAUUUCUUCGGAGGUAUCGCACUUGCUCUCGAGGAGGAAAGAGGGGCCAGCAGGAGGCAUAUGCCAUGAAAGAGGACGCUGUUUCCUUCCUUGCCCUGAUAACUCUUGUGCAUGCGUGGGUGGACGAGUGCGUGCAUGUGUGUGGGGUUUCGCGUGUGAGUGGCUAAGACUGUGUGUCUAUGUUGUUGUGCAUGGAAGGGGGAAGUGGGUGGCGGCAGGCAGUAGGCGAUUCAAGGGUGUAGUAUACUCCGUGUGUUUCUGCCUUUGCACUGCGUCAGGGUGGAGUUGGGCAAUUAUAUCCGGCUCUGUAGAAUGCUGCUGUGAAUUGCGUCGCGGGACUCGCGGCUGGAUUUAAACUUUUUGGAACGUCCUGAUCAAACAUUGAUGUUGUCAAUCUCUCUGUGGAUUGAGCUUUUGCAAAGCACUUAAAAAGACUGGAAGAACACUAAUAAGGCUUCGGAAGAAGAGGGACUGCAUGGGGGGUUUGCUUGGGGGGCUUGGUACGCCAGCCUCCUUGAAAUGAAAAUUUGAAACCUCA